AUGUUUACCAGCAGGACUUCGACAAGAACUCUAUUGGGCCGUUGUGCCCAAAGAACGGAAUUUCGACGAAGUCUUACAGCCUCCUCUGGCCUUCGUUCUCGUGUUGCCCAUGACUCUGGUCAGAGAAAACCAAGGAAUAACCCGGGAUGGUCGCGACCAAAGGUUUUGGCAGUAGCCAUUGGAGCUGGAGCUCUUGGAUGGGGGCUUGCCAGCUUGAACGAAAUUAAAGGCACUGGAAAUUCUACAUGGGGUCGAUCGGUUGCGCCUCAUUAUGCUACGUUGCCCGAGAUGGAGAAGGCGAUCAAGCGAAUCGAGAACGAGGUUGGAAUAGAAGGCUUUAUUUCGACGGACCCCGAGGAUCUACUAGCACACGGCUACUCAGAAUGGUCUACGGUCAACCCUGAUACUUUGCCAGUAGCUGUGGCAUAUCCUAGAACAACUGAGCAAGUGUCCGUGAUAGCUCGCAUAUGUCAUGAGCAUCGCGUUCCUAUCAUUCCCUAUUCCGGAGGCUCAAGCUUGGAAGGCAAUUUUUCUGCCCCUUAUGGAGGAAUCAGUGUGGAUUUUGCGUAUAUGGACCAGAUCAUUCAGUUUAACAAAGAUGAUAUGGAUAUUGUGGUCCAGCCCAGUAUUGGCUGGCAAGAUCUAAACGCAAAGUUGUUGGCUAUGGAUAGUGGUCUUUUCUUUCCUGUCGAUCCUGGCCCAUCAGCGAAGAUAGGAGGUAUGAUCGGAACGAAUUGCUCUGGAACAAAUGCUGUAAGAUAUGGUACAAUGAAGGAUUGGGUCAUUAACUUGACCGUUGUCCUGUCCGACGGGCGUAUUAUCAAAACGAGACGAAGGCCGCGAAAGUCAUCUGCUGGAUAUAACCUGAACGGGCUGUUUGUUGGCUCCGAAGGCACACUAGGGAUUGUCACGGAAGCUACACUCAAGUUGGCUGUCAUUCCAGAGCAGUAUUCGGUUGCUGUUGUUACAUUUCCCACCAUUCGAGAUGCCGCCGAUGCGGCAGCUGGCGUCAUGCAGGCCGGCGUUCCCGUCGCGGCGAUGGAGAUCAUGGAUGAAGUUCAAAUGAGAGUCAUCAACCUCGGUGGUGCUACGAAACCGCGGGUCUGGAAGGAAUUGCCAACAUUGUUUUUCAAGUUCUCAGGUACAAAAGACGGCGUGAAAGACAACAUCAAUAGGGUAAAAAAGAUUGCUGCGGCAAACAAGGGUGGAAGUUUCGAGUUUGCUCGGGAUGCUGCUGAGCAACAAUUGCUCUGGUCUGCCAGGAAAGAAUCCCUUUGGUCCAUGCUCUCACUCCGAAAAAAUGGUGACGAUGUUUGGAGCACCGAUGUAGCUGUUCCGUUCAGCCGGCUAGCUGACAUCAUAGAGGUCAGCAAGAAAGAGAUGGAUGAGCUUGGCCUCUUCGCCAGCAUCUUGGGACAUGUGGGAGACGGAAAUUUUCAUGAAAGUAUCAUGUAUAACAAGAACGUCCCUGGUGAGCGCCAAAAAGUCGAAGCUUGCGUUAAGAACAUGGUGAAGCGAGCGCUCGACAUGGAUGGUACAUGUACAGGAGAGCAUUCCAUCGGCUGGGGCAAAAAGGAGAGUCUACUCUGGGAAGUUGGACCAGAGACUCUGGAAGUUAUGGUAGCUGUGAAGAAGGCUUUCGACCCUGAAUGGAUCUUGAAUCCUGGAAAGAUCAUGGAUGUGCCUUGGGAGAACACUCUAUAUCCUGGGUCAAAUACCGCGGUGACACCAAACCGUGUGGUGAAAGACUUGGUCUAAGA